GUUUUAUAAAAUUCAACCAAUGAGGAAGUCAAAUUUAACUUCAAAGUUAGGGUAGAGAAUUUUUUUGUUCCAAACAAAGUAAAAAUGUGGUUAAAGUUACAUAGUGUGUUAAUAUAUUUUAGUGGCAAAGAACUAGGAUUUGAUAGUGGUACUUUUUUAGUUAUUAGUUCAUAGAAAGCUACGAAUUUUCUGUUGUGUUUCUGUCCUAAUCAAAAAGUCGCUUGCCAAAAUGGACGAAGUUCGAGCUCCUAUCAUUUACAACCAGGGUUCAGUGUGUAGCGAUUCAAAUGGUGAUGAUGUCUCAAGAAAUGACGUGUCUUCUCAAUCGAAUUUAAGAUUGUGCCUGGUUGGUAGUGUAGCUAGUGAUUCAGAUGUUUACAAUGUGGCUCAAUCUUUUGCUCUUCCUAUUGUGACUUCAAAAGAUGGACAAGAGUAUACUCAGGAUGAUAGCUGUACCACCAUAUAUGUAGUCAAAGAAUUUGAUGGAGACGUCUUUAAUGUAUUAUUCAAAUCUAAGCAGCAGAUACUGGGGUCUGUGGCCCUUAAGCAGUUGGCUGUCAAAAAGGAGAAAAUUCCAUGUAAUACUAGGCCUCUGUAUAACUUAGCUAUGACUGGAGUUAUUGUCUGUUUCACAGGCUUUCGAGAAAAAGAAGAACUGGCAAAAUUAGUAACUUUAUUACAUCACAUGGGAGGAUCUAUAAGAAAAGACAUGUCUUCCAAAGUGACUCAUUUGAUAGCAAAUGUUUCUGGUGGCGAUAAGUACCAAUAUGCAGCCACAUUUCGUGUUCCAGUGAUGAAUCCUAGUUGGGUAGUUGAUAGUUGGCAACGUCGGGAAGACUUAAACUUUACUGGAAUUAUGGAGGAACAUGUUGCCAAACAUAAACUAAAACCUUUUCAUGGAGCUCGAGUAGGUUUUGUUGGAUUUGCUGAAGAAGAAGAGAAACAUAUGUCUGAAGUGUUACUACUUAAUGGGGGUGUCGUUACCAAUGUUGAUGACCCUAACUGUACACAUGUGGUGAUGGAACAUGCAGAAAUCUACACACUAGAAGCUGCUAGUGCACCAUUAUCUCCUAAAGUUUCUUCUCCUCCUAGCCGUUCAAAGACGCCUAAAACUCCUUCAUAUUCAAAUGUGGUUAACAGCAAUAUGUCACUCAGUAAUUGUUUUAAAGUUAACCAAAGUUUGGCUUGCCUUGAAACCUUACACGAGAAUUCGGGGGAUAAUAACUUGGAGGACUUUGACAUUGGUUUUAAUCAAUCAUUUGAUCCUAAUAUAACACCCCACAAGAGAAAAAGGAAAUUUAAUUCCCCUGAUCAGUCAAGUAUUUUGGUUAAAAGAAAAAGAGACAAGAGUUACAGCGAAAGAAAAAGGAAAGUGUCAGAAUUCUUCAAGACUCCCAUAAAUUAUUUCUCCAAUCGUAGGAGAACUAUAGAUGCAUCAUCUUUAAAUCAAAGUUUAAGCGAGAGCGUUAUAUCCAGUUCGGGUAUAUUCAAUGUAGAAACAGUACAAAAUUUGAGCUCUUACAAUGAUAAUACUCCUCAAAAUAGCAAAAAAGGACUAAAGAAAAACCUAUUUACACGUACUUUCAGUUCUUCAAAGUUUCGAAGGACCAAAAAAAGCAUAGAUCUGAAUGCUACCAAAUUGUCUUUUGGAGAAGCUUGUGACGUCGAAGGCAGAGAAAAAUUGAACGCUACCUGUUUUCCAGAUAUAUCCUUAAAUCCCAUCACCACUAACACUUACGAGCUUAGCAGUGAACAUGCGAGGGCAUCAAGGAGAACUUCUGUGUCUGCUGUUGCGGUCGUGGACGAGUCUACAGUAACGGAACGACCAGAGGCUCCUUCGAAGGUUUGGAUUGUAAAAGCGGAGUGGUUCUGGACCUCGGUGCAAAAAGAAACAAGCUUGCCGGAGAAAGAUUAUCUAUUUGAUGAUUAUCUAGACCAAGUUUUGUCUCCGUCGGGUCGAAGGGAUUCAAGCGCCACCCCCGGAAGUGCUGCCAGACGGAGAAAACGGAAAUUGUUGCUAUCGUCUCUUGUACAUAACCAAUCGCCCGCUCUUACGAAACGAAGAUCAUCGGUUAGCGAUGCUGGGUUGUUGUCAGUCUCUGGGUCAUUUUUGGAUUGUACGACGAGUCCCAAUAAGGAGAUAAUCGAUGGUGCAGAACCGGUAAUCGACACUCCACGCAAGGGAUUAACACAGAGGCAUCAAGUAUUUUUGGAGUUACUACAAACAGAAACAAACUAUGUAGACAUCUUACAUACGAUAGUAACGAUGUUUAAAAAACAUUUGGAAGAAAUGCCGGAACAAGAAGCCCUACUAAACAACACAGAGUUGAAUCUCAUAUUCGGAAAACUUCCUUUCAUCUACGAAACCCACAUCAAGAUGUUAGACGAGAUACGAUGGACUGCUGCGCAUUGGAGUGAAGAUCUAUCUAUCGGCAAUAUAGUCGUGAAAUACUCCUCGGAACUACAGAGGGCCUAUCCUCCUUUCAUAAACUAUUUCGAAGAAAUGAAGGAAGUGUUGUGCCAGUGCGAUCAAAAUAAACCUAGGUUUCACGCUUUUUUGAAGGCGUGUCAAACUAGAGCGGAGUGCGGUAGACAGAGUUUGCAAGAGCUGAUGAUUAGGCCUGUACAGAGACUCGGUAGUAUUAGUUUAUUAUUAAAUGACAUUCUAAAAAAUACUCCAAAGACAAAUCCUGAUCAUUCUGCAUUAGAACAAGCAUUAGCAGUUUUAAGGGAGGUGAUGACUCACAUAAAUGAAGACAAAAGAAAAGCUGAAGGCCAAGUUACUUUAUUUAAUAUUUUUAACGAUAUAGAUAAUUGUCCGCCCGAUAUUGUAUCGUCACAUCGAAAUUUUGUUGCCAAGGCCGAAGUAGUUCAGUUAUCAUCUUCCGAAGGUCUGGCUAGUAAAGGAAACAACUUAGUACUUUUUCUCUUCUCCGAUCAGUUGGAGGUGUGUAAGAAGAAAUCAAAAGCCUUUAAUAGUUUAAAGAGCCCAUCAACAGUAACAACGGCAGGAGUUGGUGGAUCUUUGCAAAAUAGGCAGCUUAUUAAACCGUACAAACACAUAAGGCUAAUGGCUCUUAAUACUAUUAAACGAGUAAUAGACAUUAAAGAGACGGAAGAAUGUCAGAAGGUGUUUAGUUUAGUUUGUAGGAAUAACGAUGAUCUAAAAGAAAAACUUUAUUCGUUUGCGAUGGCGGACGAAGAGGCUGACAAAGUUCAGUUUUUAAAAACGUUAACGCGACAGAUGGCGAACAAUGCGUGUACAGCAGAUGCGGAUAAAUUUAUGGCGUAUUUGGAACCUCAACAACUAGAUAUCGAUACCAGUGAUGUUAAUAACGGUACCUUUUCUAAAGCAAUCAAGUUCGCGACGAAUCGAUUUAAGGUCGGUCGUGCUUUCUCAUUCAACAAAACACCUUCGAAACUCAAAAGGGCGGUUUCAUCGAUGAUGUCGCCGUUUGGCAGCUCAACGAAUCUCACACCUGCUUCACAAUUAGCUCAAAUGAAACUGGCUAGCUAUAGUAAUAUUAACGAAUUAGGCAAUGCUGAAAAUUCCAAUGAAUCUCAACCGGUAGCUCCAAUGUCCGUACAACCAACUCGAAAAAUGAAGUCCUCCUCAUUAGGGUCAAACGCCUUGAAGAGGUUAUAACAUUUUCUUUCAUAAGUUUUAUUAUUUUAUUUUAUGAAGUCUAUUAUAUUUGUAUAUAAAUUUUAAUCUAUAAGAGUCUAUUUUUAUCGUUUAUUUUAGCCAAGCAUUGUAAUUAGCUACCUAAUAUAUUAAAAAAAAGUUGUAAAUUUUAUAAAUUUGCAGUUCAUCUCGCAUUUUAUUUAGAAAUAUGUAUGAUAUUUAUUUUAAUUUUACAAGUUUUACUAGGUUUACAACUUGUAGUUUUAUACGCAGUUAUUUAAUACACCUUAUAGGUGGCCCAUAAAUUAUUGAAAAGAGAAAAUAUAUUGAAUUCGCUGCCGCACUCAUUGGUUUCAUUUGCAAUUAAAAAUUAUACAAUGAUCAAAUAUAAAUUAUUCCGAUUUUAUUGU